AUGCCAUUGAACCUGUUGCAGGACUGGUGUAGGGGGGAGCACCUGAACACCCAGAGGUCUAUGCUGAUCCUGGGGAUUCCCGAGGACUGUAGUGAGGAUGAAUUUGAGGAGACUCUGCACGAAGCUCUCAGGCAUCUGGGAAGAUACAGGAUCAUUGGCAGGAUGUUUAGGAGGGAGGAGAACGCCCAGGCCUUUCUGGUGGAACUUGCACGUGAUUUUGACUAUGCGUUGGUACCCAGGGAAAUAGAAGGAAAGGGUGGGCCCUGGGAAGUGAUUGUGAAACCCCCUAAUUCAGAUGAUGAAUUUCUCAAUAGACUGAACCACUUCUUAGAGGAAGAGAGGCGCUCAGUAUCAGACAUGAACAGGCUCCUUGGGACACACUCUAACAAAAUAGCGAUAUCAGCAGAUUUCUGGGCCUGGGCUCAGACUCUCGGUGCAGUGAUGCAGCCUCUGCUAGAACAAAUGUUUUACCGAGAACUAAAAGUCUUUUCUGGGGACACAACAUCAGUCCCAGGGUUAUUGACCUUUGAUUCCUGGCUUGAGCACACCACUGAGAUGUUACAGAUGUGGCAGGUACCUGAGGUGGAGAAGAGGCGGAGGCUGAUAGAAUGCUUGCGAGGUCCUGCUCUACAAGUGGUCAAUGUGCUCCGUGCCAACAACGCUGCCAUCACAGUGAAGGAGUGCCUGGAGGCCCUGCAGCAGGUAUUUGGGCCCGUGGAAAGCCGCAGAAUGGCCCAGAUGAAAUUUUGUAAGGCUUAUCAGGAGCCAGGAGAGAAAGUUUCUAGCUUUGUGGUCCGUUUGGAGGCCCUGCUCCAAAAAGCCCUAGAGAAAAGGGCAAUAGCACGAAGAAAUGUGAAUCAGACCCGCCUUAAACGAAUCUUAGGUGGGGCCAUCCUUACUGGAAAACUUCGAGAGAAACUUAAGCAAAUGAAACAGCGUCGGAAGCCACCUGGUUUCCUGGCCCUGGUGAGGUUUUUUCGUGAGGAGGAGGAGUGGGAGGCUACUAGGGGAGCAGAGAAUAGCUGCCUACAGGAGCUGGAAAUAGGCAGGGAGAGGGCACUAUUUGUUCCUGCCAUUGACAGUGGUUUUGAGAAAAGACCUUAUCAGGGUUCCCGUCGCCGGAGGGGCAGAGGCCAGCACCGAAAGGGAGGUGUGCCCAGAGAUAGAUCUCAAGGUGCAAGGAAGCGGAAUUAUGACACAUUCUGCUAUAGUUGCGGGGAAGAAGGCCACAUCAGAGUACACUGCUUGAACCCGGCCAACCGUACCUUAGUGAAGCAGAAGAGACGGGCUGCAAUGGAGAUGGGAAACGGGGCCUGGGCUUGGGACAAGAGCCACCCCAAGCCCAACACCAUGUAG